AUGUCUACAGAAGAAGUACAAAAGAAAGUUGAAAAUCUUUCUGUCAACGAAGAAAAGCCUGCACCAGCAGCAGCAAAGCCAAAGAAGGAGAAGAAGGAAAAGAAAGCAAAGGAAGGUGAAUCAAGCAGACCUGUUUUUUUGAAUCCCCAACCAGAAUUUAUUGACCACAGAAUCAAAAUCUUUGAGCAAAUCAAGGCAAAGAGGGAAGCAGAAAUUGCAGCAAAAGAAAGAAAGCCGAUUAAGAUUACUUUAAAAGAUGGAACUGUUAAAGAAGGUGUUUCAUGGGAAACCUCACCAGCAGAUAUUGCGAAAGAAAUCGGUAAAUCAUUCUCUGAAAGACAAGUCAUCUCCAAGGUCGAUGGAGAAUUAUGGGAUUUAGAGAGACCAUUAGAAAAAGACUCUCAGUUAGAGUUUCUUGACUUUGAACAUCCAGAAGGUAAGGCUGUUUUCUGGCAUUCAUCUGCUCAUGUUUUAGGUGAAGGUUGUGAGUGUCACUUUGGUGCACACCUAUGUUUUGGCCCACCAACUGAGGAUGGUUUCUUCUAUGACAUGGCUAUCGAUGAAGGUAAGACUGUUGUCUCUCAAGCAGAUUUCAAAAAUAUUGAAGCUGCAUGUCAAAAGGCUAUCAAGGAUAAACAAAAAUUCGAAAGGUUAGUUAUGACGAAAGAAGAAUUACUUGAAAUGUUUAACUACAAUAAAUACAAACAAGAAUUGAUCAAGUCCAAGAUUCCAGAUGGUACAUCUUCCACGGUUUACAGAUGUGGUCCUUUGAUUGAUUUAUGUAGAGGUCCUCAUGUUCCUCAUACUGGCAGAAUCAAAACAUUCAAGGUUCUGAAGAAUUCUGCUUCAUACUUUUUAGGGGACGCUAACAACGACUCCCUUCAAAGAGUUUAUGGUGUUUCUUUCCCUGAUAAACAACAAAUGAAGGACUACUUGAAGUUCUUAGAAGAAGCUGCUGCGAGAGAUCACCGUAAAAUCGGUAGAGAACAAGAUUUAUUUUUUUUCAACGAAAUGUCACCAGGUUCUUGUUUUUGGUUGCCUCACGGUACUAGAAUUUACAACACUUUGGUUGACAUGAUGAGGGAACAGUACCAAAUCAGAGGAUAUCAAGAAGUCAUCACCCCUAACAUGUAUAAUGCAAAGUUGUGGGAAACCUCGGGUCACUGGGCUAAUUAUAAAGAAAACAUGUUUACCUUCGAAGUUGAGAAAGAAACUUUUGGUUUGAAACCAAUGAACUGUCCGGGACAUUGUUUAAUGUUUAAAUCAAGGGAGAGAUCAUAUAGAGAAUUGCCUUGGAGAGUUGCUGAUUUCGGUGUGAUCCACAGAAACGAAUAUUCUGGUGCAUUGUCUGGCCUAACCAGAGUUAGAAGAUUCCAGCAAGAUGAUGCUCAUAUUUUCUGUACACAAGACCAAAUUGGUGAUGAAAUCACUGGUAUUUUUGAUUUCUUGAAGCAUGUUUAUGGUAUCUUCGGCUUCGAUUUCAAGAUGGAGCUAUCUACCAGACCUGAAAAAUAUGUCGGUGAUCUUGAGACAUGGAACGGUGCAGAAGCGAAGUUAGAAGAAGCAUUGAACAAAUGGGGAGGUGACUGGGAAAUCAAUGCUGGUGAUGGUGCCUUCUACGGUCCAAAAAUUGAUAUUAUGAUAUCUGAUGCAUUGAGAAGAUGGCACCAAUGUGCUACUAUUCAAUUGGACUUCCAGUUGCCAAACAGAUUUGAAUUAGAAUUCAAGGGUAAAGAGGAAACUAACGCUGUCAGACCAGUCAUGAUUCACAGGGCUAUUUUGGGCUCUGUUGAAAGAAUGACAGCAAUUUUAACGGAACAUUUUGCAGGUAAAUGGCCAUUCUGGUUAUCCCCAAGACAAGUUCUAGUUGUUCCAGUUGGUGUGAAAUACUUUGAAUAUGCAGAAGAGGUUCAACAGAAGUUGCAUAAUGCUGGAUUCUUUGCUGAUGUCGAUGUUACCGGUAAUACCUUACAAAAGAAGGUCAGAAACGGACAAGUUCAAAAAUACAAUUUUAUUUUCAUUGUUGGUGAACAAGAAUCCACUGAAAAGUCUGUCAAUAUUAGAAACAGAGAUAUCCAAGACUUGCAGGGUAAAAACGAAGCUGUUUCUUUGGAUACUGUCAUUGCGCAAUUACUCAAGUUGAAGGAAUCUAAAAGAGCCGACAACAAGUUGGAGUAA